AUGGAUAUAGUUAUAAUCCCGAAGUGUAGUUCCUCUGAUUCAGACUCUAACCAUGAUGAUCAUGCCAACAAAAAUGCAAACUUUGCGCUGGUUCUCUCUCAAGACUUGAUGUUUCAUAUUUUUACUUUGAUUCCUCCUAAAUGUCUGCUUAGCUCUGUAAGGUAUGUUUGCAAACCUUGGGCUGAUGCUAUUGCCAGCUCCCAUUUUGCUGAAGCGUGCCAAUGCUCUCAUGCACGUUCUAAACCUGGUCUCUACGUUGAAAAUCACAAGUCGCACAUCAAUUCUUAUUUCUUGGAAUUCAAAGAUGAUGUGAAUGGCCGAUUUGAAAGGACUGAGUUGGGGACACCUAAAUCAAUGGGUUGUGUAGUCGGUUCUUGUGACGGGAUAUUACUGCUUUCGAGUAGUGAUAAACAACUUUUUGUUGUGAACCCCGGCCUCAAGUGGUGGCUAAGAAUUCCUCCUUUGCCCGCUUCUAAAGGUUUUAGCCAUCGGUGUACUAUAGCACGUGUUCCUCGCACGGCCAAAUUCAAGUUGUUCUUUGUAGAUGUUCAUAUGUAUUUGGGUGCUUUUUGGUAUGUUUUCUAUGUGCUAAGAGUUGGAAUAGACAACUCAUGGAAAGAGAUAGCUAGAAAACAAGCUCCCCUUCGUUAUUAUUUAUCAUGGAAACCACUUUGUAGGGGAGACAAUGAUUUGUAUUGGAUGACAAUUGAGGGAAUUAUUGUGAUGGAUGUUGACAAGGAAAUUAUUGUACGAGAAUAUCUGUUUCAUGGUCCACCUAUAAAAUAUUUAUGGAUGGAAAAUCACCUUUCUUGUAUUAUGUCUAAUGAUUCGUAUAGAACAUAUCGAAUCUACAGUUUGGAUUUUGAUUCAGGAAAAUGGUCUCUUUAUCAUAAGAUGGGACCUUUUGAUUAUAUGGCUGCUUGUGGUCGUAAUCUUAAUACUGAACCAGUGAUAUUUUCUUUGUGGAUCAAAGAUCAAAUUAUCUUUCGAGUAGGUUUAUCUAAUAAUCCAGAUAAAAUAGAAAACAUGUAUUUUGGUUACAAUGUGAAGACCAAACAAUUGUCAAAGAUCGAGGACAUUGACGCGGGCGAUUUUGAAGUAUGGCUUCACACUAACAGUCUAGUUUCUUUACGCUAA